AAAUGAAAAUAGAAGGUCUGUACACUAGCACGUGGUAAUAUGUCAACAAAAAUAAUAAUUUCAGAAAUUUUUAUCUUAAUUUUGUAGUGGUUAAAAUGGCACUGAUUUUUAGGUUAGCUGGUAAAAGAUGUGGAUCCCAAAUCUUAAAUGCUGAAAAAACUGGUUUGUAUAGUUUUAUACGCCCUGUAGGGCUAAAGGCUCAACCAGCUACAACUGAACGAGAAGAAAGUCACGAUGAAAGGAAUAUGAGAUUGAAAAGACCUCAGUCCCCGCACCUGACUAUUUAUGCUCCUCAACUGACAAGCAUGUUGUCAAUUACUCACAGAUUUACAGGUAUGACCCUUGCUAGCUAUGCAAUUGCUCUUGGAUUGGGUGCUGUUGUUCUCCCAGAAUCUAUUCCAUAUUACAUUGAAGAACUAGAGUGUGCUCAGUUGGGUUCAGCUUUCAUAUCUACUCUUAAAUUUCUCUUAGCGUUUCCCUUAACCUACCAUUUUUGGAAUGGGAUUAGACAUCUUUUGUGGGACACUGGUAAAUUUCUUACCAUCAAAGAAGUAUACAUUACAGGAUAUGUAAUGUUGGCUCUGGCCCUCUCAUCGGCUAUCGCACUUUCUGUUAUGUAAUUCAUAAUUUUUUUCUUUGUUAAUUUAUAAAUUUAUUUAUUUUAAUUUAAAUUAAAUUCUAGAAACAA